AUGCGCCGCAGUGCUGUACGGCUCGUCUACGAAAAGUUUGAGGGUACCAUUGCGGGUGACAAGGGUUACAUGACGUAUCAGCAGGCAUGUUCUAUAUUUGGUUUUGAGAUGAGCGAUCGGUUGGAGGUGACUGAAAUCAAGAAACGCUUCAACAAACUAGUGAUGCGGUUUCACCCAGACCAUGGUGGUACAAGUGAGCAGUUUCAACUUCUCCGUGAGGCACACAAAUUACUGCUUGCCCAUCGCCAUGACAAGGGUGAAAGCAACCGUGCUGGCGGUACCGACGUCAAUUUCCGCCGCAUGAAUUACGAUAACAUGACAAAUACCAUACACAGGGAGACAGCUGGUAACCCAGAGUACCGCUCCUUUAGUUUGCAGGACUUUGCGUUUUUCCUGGCACUUGUCAUAUUUGUAGUGUCCUUCUACGCGUAUCGCGCCUUCCACACACAGUUACAAAUAUUGCGUAGCAGAUGGAGCUACACCGAGAGCAUGUUGCAUGAUGAGGGAGGGCAUAAAGAUGUACGCGGAUGGCAUCCGUGGCGAACCGACCGCAUGACACGUGAUGUAAUGGAUGAAAUUGGACAUCUGCAACAGAGCAUUUCGAGGGAGAUGCUGGAGGAGAAGCGAUCACUUUCACCUUUAGUUCAUAUGCCGUGGCAGUCGGGUGGGCCGUUUGCUAAUUAUACUGUUGCGCGGCAACCGAUAGGAGCGGUGCUCGAAGAUGCUGAUGGACAAUAG